AGUACUUGUUUAGUGUUGCUGAUGAAACGCUGAUUGAAAUCGGCAACCCCCAUCAGCUAAAUUCGCCGGUUUCUGCAGCAGAUAAAUUACAUUUGUACAACAACAUAUUAACGUUACGCACGAAAUUGUUUACUAACGUUAGCCAUGUCUCAAGACGGAUUUCAACCUACACUAAUAAGGACCACGCACAAUAACAACACGAGCAUGAGUAUUCAACAAACUCAGGCGCCGUGCCCGGGUAAAACGCCGAUACAAAUUCUGCAUGAAUACGGAACCAAAAUUGGUAACCUUCCCGUGUACGUGAUGGAAAAGGCUGAAGGGGAGGCACACCAACCCAGUUUCAUCUUUAACGUGACAAUAGGCGAUGUGUCCUGCACAGGUCAAGGAUCCAGUAAAAAAGCUGCCAAACACCAGGCCGCUGAGUCUGCCCUGAACCUUCUGGAAAUAGACGCUGGGACACCCCUUCACAUGAAGACGGAGAGUAAUGGCAUCCCAGCAGAGCCCAACGACCAACCCAACUCAGUGGGCAUUCUGCAGGAGCUGGCACUGCAGCGGGGAUGGCGCCUCCCUGAAUACACUGUUCUCAUGGAGGCAGGCCCACCUCACAAGAGAGAGUUCACUGUUACCUGCAGAAUGGAGUCACUGACAGAGACAGCAAUGGGAAAUUCUAAGAAGGUAGCCAAAAAGGCAGCUGCGGAGAAGAUGGUGGCAAAACUUCAAAACCUGUCUGGCUGUCCUGAAAUCACAUGGACCCCGAAGCCCAGUGUCCGUCUGGAGAACUUGCGUAACUCCUCGGCAGAGAAGAUGUCUCUCCUGAGAAGGAACCCACUCAGCAUUCCCAACACCGACUAUAUCCAGAUGAUGCUGGAGCUGUCCAAUGAGCAGGGUUUCGAAGUCACAUACUUUGACAUUGAUGAGCUGACUGUGAAUGGGCAGUACCAGUGCCUGGCAGAGCUGUCCACCUCACCUGUCACCGUAUGCCAUGGCACGGGCAUCUCCUGCGGCAACGCACACAAUGACGCCGCGCACAGCGCGCUUCAGUACAUCAAGAUCAUGGCUUCUAUCAAAUGAAUGAUCCUAGUAAACAUCACAACUGUUUCACCUGCAAUACAUAUUUAAGGAUUGAGGGAAAAAAAACAUUUAAUCACAGCUGAAAUGUGUAGCUAUCUUCCAUCAACCAUUAUGUUUUCACUCAUUACCAGUGUUCACUCCGUAUGAAAUUGGUAGAUAUUGAAGGCAGUAUCAAUAGGAAUCAUGCCAUUCAGACAAAACAGUCCAGUUGUUGUUUUUAUAACAGUGACGGUCUACACCGUUCAUCACCUAUGGUUUCUGUCAGCUAUUUUCAAGUUACUUUGAGAAGAUAAGUGAAGAGAAAAAAAAGCUAAUCCAAUGGGGGUUAUGUACCAUAGAAAAACAAGGACAAAGGAAUAGAAUGGACACUAGUCUUGAGAAAGGCCUUGCUGUCAAAAUGUCGACAUAUCGAAAACAGUCUCCAACUUAUCUCCUUGUCCUUGUUUUUUUAUAAGCCACUUUGAGGACAUGCAAUCAUUUAUUAAAUGAUACACAAUUUAAAACUGUAUUGCACUGAACAAAAUGAGUGAGUGGAAACCGGUUUGGACUCAUUUACGUAUAAGGUUAUGAGAAAAUAAUGAAUUUUACGUAAUCUUAUAGGUACAUUUUCAAAUACUAAUGAAGCAUAUUGAAAAGGGCCUACUGGAUAAACUAUGUAGGAACAAAAUCAAUACAUUAAGUUCACAUUUGUAUUUGGUUUGAUCUUCUAAAUUAUCUCUGCUUUAUUUAAUCGGUUAUUUCUCUCUGCCAAAUCAAGAUUCAAUUACUUGAGGGAAAUAUGUUUCCAUAGCAAUAUUAACCCCUAUUUUCCAAUCAGCUUAUUAAAAAGAUAUUCCAUUAUCAUUUUGUUUGAUUUUAGAGUAAAGGUUUUGAGCUUUGGUUGGUUUAAGACCAUAUUACAGUUUUUUUUUAUUCGGUUUUAUUCAGUCAUAGGGAGAAGGACUGAGCAUUGGUUGGUUUAAGACCACAUUACUGGUUUUUUUAAUUCGGUUUUAUUCAGUCAUAGGGAGAAGGACUGGUGUUUUGUGACUACCACAUUUAUUUACAAAGAACACUACAAUUAAGCAGGUUUUUGUUUACAGUGACUAUCUCCCAACAAUUAUCAUUAUAAACAAACAAUUGCUCAAUUAUAAAGUUACAUUUAGCUUGUUUAGAUUCAAUUGUGCUCACAUAUGACAGGAUAUAAAACGACAUGUCUAGAAUAUGAAAACAUUUCCGUUUGUAAAAUAUAUCUUUUUUUAAGUUAAUGGUAGCAAGAUGGCAUUCUCGGAAACAUUUGGACAUCUCCUGACUUAGACUUCAAGACCAAGACUGCCAUUAUUGUCUCUUCGUGCUACAAAUGAGCAAGAGCCAAUAAUUGCAAUCUUGGUAGCUUUGAUGUUGAUGACUAAGCAGGUAGUUGCCCUGUUGUGUAUGGUGAUGUCAUCUUGCUCAGUCUGCCUGUAAUGUUGUAGCUAGCCUAGUUAUGUCAGCUGUGUAUGAAAUCAUGCUGCUGUGUGUGUUUGAAGGUUUUGAGUUUGUGUUUGUGUUGGCCCCGAAUUCCAUUUUGUCCUGAGUUACUAUCACAGAGUCUAGAUUGGGCGGUUUAAUCACAUUUUGGUUUCCUUUUAACAAGGUGUAUUGUAAAUCGUCUCAAUGUUUUGGUGGACUCAUCCCAAGCGUGUGCUGUGUACCUGACCAUAUUAAUACACAUUUAUUACAUGUGAAGUGUGACAGACCUGUUAAAUAAAUCUACCUGACAUUGGCCUCAUCCUA